AGAAACUCAAUACAAAUGUGAACCGGAUAGAAAAUGAUUGUUUAUGACAUAGAUGUUGAAAAAAUCUGCUAAUUAAACUUGAAGAAAAAAAAGAAGAAAACAAAAGAAUUUAGUGUGAAAACUCGAUUGAGUCAAAUUCUCAUUCUAGGGUUUGUUUAUUGACUAUAUGAAUAAAUAUAUUACAAACUUAAAACUCAUAUUUUAUUCAUAAUAUCUGACAUUCCCUAAAAUUUACUAAAGUCGAUUUUUCUAAACUUCAAAAUACUGUAUCUUCAGGGUUUUCGGCCCCCUGGACCCCUCAUGUAUUAACCUUGAUAAAGAAUCUAUAUGUUUAGUCUCACGUCCGAUUGUGGAAUCAACAAUAACUAUUAUCGAUGAUUAUUUCACAUUUUUAGAAAGACUAUGAAGAAUUAUAUAGGAUUCAAACAUAAAAUCAAAUGGUUACGGCUGGAAAUGCUCAUAUCUUUUUAUAUAAAAACGUUGAAUUAUAAUCAUUUCCAUUAAUAUGAUACAUUCUAAGUUCUAACAGUCUCAUAAAGUCACUCGCAUAGAAAAAAGACACUCACAAAAAUCUAUAUGUAUAUUUUUUUUAAGUAGUAUUCUGCAAUUCAUGUGUAUAUAAGCUAUGUUCCUUUGAAAAUGGUUCAAAGUAUUACUAUUCUUGUCUCAACCACUUUAUUAAACUAAUUAACGUCUCUUUCUCCCUCUAUGGAGUCGUGUUACGUCUCUCUAGAUUAAGAUCUUCUCCUGAUUGUUCUUUUGAAGAAAUAAUACUUCUCGCUUAUGGAAGAUGAUCAUUUACGGUGUCACGAUAACAUCAACGACGAGGAACGUUUGCCAUUGGAGUUUAUGACCGGAAAACAAACAUCCACGGCGGAAUUACAGCCGUCGCAACGGCCGCCAUUCUUGGUAAAGACAUACAAGGUGGUUGAGGAUCCGACCACGGACGAGGUUAUAUCUUGGAACGGAGAUGGGACCGGAUUCAUCGUGUGGCAGCCGGCAGAGUUCGCUAGAGAUCUCUUACCAACACUUUUCAAGCAUUGCAACUUCUCUAGUUUCGUUCGCCAGCUCAAUACUUAUGGGUUUCGGAAAGUGUCUACGACAAGAUGGGAGUUUGGUAAUGAGAUGUUUCGAAAAGGGCAAAGAGAGCUUAUGUGCAAUAUCCGAAGAAGGAAGAGUUAUCCACACUCCCACUCACAUAACAAGUCUCAUCAGGUUGUACCAACAACAACAACGGAGAAUCUAGAAGAUCAUCACCUUCAGGAUCAACGCUCUUCCUCCGUUGUAUACUCUGCUCUACUCGACGAAAACAAAUGCUUGAAGAAUGAAAAUGAGUUCCUGAGUUCAGAACUGGGGAAGACCAAGAAGAAAUGCAAACAACUUAUGGAGUUGGUUGAGAGAUAUAGAGGAGAAGAAGACGACGACGAGACGACGACGAUCAGGGGCUUAAGUUGUUUGGAGUAAAACUGGAGUGAGAGAGAUCGUUUGAUAGAUUUGCCUUGCCAUCCUCUUCACAUCCUUAUAAGUUUGCAUAGCUAUACUCUUUAAGACAUGCCAGAUCAAAGAUCAAAACAUAGUAUUGAUAGUGUUCAAAACAUGGUACAUUGCAACAUUGUGUAUAUAUAUGAACGUUAAGAACUCAUGCUUUUUAUA